CACACCCAGUUAAGGCUUUACAUUAUGGAUCCCGUUUAUCCAGCUGCUCCCUUGGAAGCGCCCAAGGGAUCCGUAGAGUCGCAUGCGGUCCCAGAACACCAGCAGCUUUUGCCGCCUGCUCCACCGAGCUACGACCAGGCCACUUCCAUUUCGGCGGAAACUACGGGACCAGCUCCAGACAUACCAGCUUCAGGAACGACGACUACACAACACACUGUUGUGGUGGUACCCAGUUCACCCUACGGCCCGGAACCUAUGGAUGUGCAGUGCCCGCAUUGCCAUAAUUACGCCCGGACACGGGUCUCCUAUAGACCCAACUCGCGGACCCAUCUGAUAGCCUUGAUAUUGUGCCUAUUCCAGUUGUACUGCUGUGUGUGCCUGCCUUACUGCAUUUCCAGCUGCAUGAAUACAAAUCACUACUGUGGCAUGUGCGAUCGUUAUUUGGGCACCUACGAUCGAAAGUGAGCAACGGAGGAGUUUCUGUCUGGGCGCUCUGUUCAUGUGUACACAUUUUCUUCAUGUAAUUAGUUAAUAAAUGGUCUGCCACAAGCAAACUGAAA